AUGGCCUCGUGCUUGAAAUCGCCGAACAUCGACCGGUACGACAACAUCGCUUUAGUGCGCACGUCGCGGUCGAUCGUCCGGGACCUCCACAAUGUGGCGGACGAUGGCCAUUGUCCGCGGCCAUCGUCCGCGACAGCCGCAAUGGGGCGGACGAUGCGUCCGCCCAUAGCGGAUGCUCUUACUGUCAUAGAAUUAAAUAGAAACUCAUUCACUGGCCCCAUUCCAGACUUUGGUAAUCUAAGGCAACUUCAAGCCUUUCGCCUUUGGGAAAAUAAUCUGACCGGAGCAGAAUUGCCAAAUCAAGAAAUAGGGUUUCUGUCUGCUUUAACAAACUGCCGAAAUUUGAUGUACUUGGAAAUAUCAGACAAUCCAUUGAUGAAUGGGGUUCUUCCAGCUUCAGUUGGGAAUCUAUCUACUUCUCUUGUCACUUUCACAGCAUACGUCUGCAGCAUUCGAGGUCUCAUUCCUUCUCAAAUCGGAAAUUUAAGCAGUUUGAAAACCCUAGAUUUAUCUAGAAAUCAACUCACAGGAUUGAUCCCAACAACAAUGGGAAAACUGAUGCAACUUGGGAAGUUGCAUCUUUAUGAUAACCAACUGCAAGGAUAUAUCCCUCGAAAUAUUGGCCAAAUCAAUAAUUUGCUAGAGUUAUUCUUGAAUGGUAAUAUGUUCACAGGUUCAAUACCUGAAUGUUUGGGAGAUAUUAAAUCCCUCCAACAAGUUUCCUUGACCUCAAACAAGCUGAAUUCUACACUUCCUUUCAACUCUUUAAGUCUUCAAAACCUCAUAGUUCUCGACUUGACCUCAAACUACUUGACUGGUCAAAUUCCUGAUCAAAUCUCAAGUUUGAGGGCUAUCAACACCCUAGACUUGUCUUUAACAUGUUUUUAG